CAUCUCGUUCUUCCGGUGUUGUUGUUUACAAGGGAAGCUAAGCUAGUGGGUCCUAGUCUAAAGUGACGCAACGGUUUCUUCUCUUCUUAAAUUGUUUAACAGCAGCCAUGGGGAAGUCAUUUGCUAAUUUUAUGUGUAAAAAGGAUUUUCAUCCCGCCUCGAAGUCGAAUAUUAAAAAGGUAUGGAUAGCCGAACAGAAGUUAACCUUCGAGAAGAAGAAGCAGGAAGAUCUUAUGCAGGCAUAUUUAAAAGAACAGGAUACGUACAACAACAGACUGUUGAUGGGAGAUGAUCGUGUUAAAAAUGGACUCAAUUUUAUGUAUGAAGCUCCACCAGGAGCAUCUAAAGAGGAGAAAAAAGAGGAUGGAGAGGAAGAGUGCAAAUUUGAAUGGCAGAAGGUGGCUCCCCGAGAGAAGUACGCGAAAGAUGACAUGAAUAUCAGAGAUCAGCCAUUUGGUAUCCAGGUGCGCAACGUGAGAUGCAUCAAAUGCCACAAAUGGGGCCACGUGAACACGGACAGAGAGUGUCCGCUGUUCGGACUGUCGGGGAUCAACGCCAGCUCCAUGGCCACAGACGAAGCAGCAGGCCCGUCGAUGCACCCCUCCGAGUUAAUGGCCGAGAUGCGAAACAGCGGCUUUGCCCUGAAAAAGUGCGUCCUUGAUCGGAGCUCUACUGUUUGCGAUCCAUCUCAGGAAUACGUUGCCAGCGAGGAAGAGGACGAUCCUGAGGUGGAGUUUCUGAAAUCGUUAACGACCAAACAGAAACAGAAGCUGCUCAGAAAACUUGACCGCUUGGAAAAAAAGAAGUCCAAGAAAAAGAAGAGCAAAAAACAGAAGAAGAAGAGCAAAAGAAAGCACAAGAAGAAGCAAGCGAGCAGCGACAGCUCGAGCGAGUCCUCCAGCAGCAGCAGCGACAGCGACUCCGAUUCAGACAGUCAGGGCAAGUCCAAGGGCCAAAAGAGGAAGAGGAGCAAGAAUGAAGAGUCCCGUCGGGAUAACAGCUCGCAGAACGAGCGAAGAGUCAAGAGUCAGAAAAAGGCCUCCUCUCACAGAAGCAGGUCAUCGAGCCCCCACGCUGGACAGAAGAGGGCUAAAGAGGACUCUGGAGAUUACAGGCAAAGACGGACGGAGAGGGGAAGGAGCAGGAGUCGGAGUGGCAGCCCCGAGAACCAGAUCAAACUGGAGGGAGGUCAGGAGAGAAGGAGGCACAACAGCAGGGACAGACAGGAAGUCAGCAGCUCUACGGCGUGGUUGGACAGAAGCGGAAGCCGCGAGAGAGGCAGGGAGGACCGGGGUAAGGACAGACGUCACAGCGGAGACGGCGAGAGGAGCAGGAGAAGCACAGACGGAAACAAAGGCAGAACAGCUGAUAGGAGGAGCAGAAGCAGAGAGAGGAGGGAAGAAAGAGAGGAUCGGGGAAGAAGUAGGAGCAGGAGUAGGGACAGGCGAGAGAGAAGCAGGGACCGGAUCAAACGGAGACAUUAACGUUUCAUUUUUUGUUUUAAAUGUUCUCCAACAA